AUGGUUAGGGAAUUAAAGAUUGAAUCUUUUUAUAGCAAAUUGAAAGAAUCUGCAUUAGCUUCAGCUUCAAAGACACCGUUGUUGAUAUUUCCGUCUACUUCGGAUGUGGAUUCAUUAUGUGCUUUAAAAAUUAUAGGUCAUGUGUUGGAAUCUGAUUCCGUUAGGUAUGCGUGUUACCCCGUGUCGAGUUUUAAGGAGAUUUAUGAGUAUGCGGUACCAGGGGGGUUAAUUGAGGAUCCUGUUACAAUACUUUUGAUUAAUUGGGGGUGUCAUAGGGAUUUAAGGAAAGUGUUGGAUUUAGGGCCAAUGGCGUGUGUUUUUGUCGUAGAUAGUCAUCGUCCGAUUCAUUUGCAUAAUCUUAGUCAUUUGAAUGAUAGGGUUGUGGUUUUGUUUACUGAGGAUGAUGAGAGGCAGACGGAUUUAGCGUAUGGGAGUGAUUAUAUGGUUUUAGCGGCUGCUAGUGAUUUGAAUAGUGACGAUGAGGGUGAAGAGGAUGAGUCCGAUAGUGAAAACGAGGAUGACGGUGGGGACGAUAGUGAUGAUGAUGGGGGGAAUGGGAAUAGAAAAAGAAGGCGGGUUUCGAAAGAUGAUGAUGACAUUGACCCGGUUAAGGUGUUCAGGAAGCUUAAGAAAGAGUAUUAUAAUAUGGGUACUUUUCAUGGGAAACCGUCGGGGUGUUUGAUGUAUGAAUUAUGUGAUUCUUUGAUGAAAAACAGUGUUGAUUUAUUGUGGUUGGCUUGUGUGGCGUUAACUGAUCAGUUUGUACACGAGAGGCUGACAAACGAAAGGUACCAAGCUGGUGUUAUGGAGCUUGAGCAGCAUUUAAUUAGUUCCGGAAAUUUAGGUGGGGUUACUUCUGUAACUUUAAAAGAUGGGACGAAAAUUUGUGCGCCUGAGGCUUCUAGGAUUGUUCAUGAAGAUGAGCCCAGGUUAAUGUUGUUACAAGAAUGGAAUCUUUUUGAUUCGAUGUUGUGUUCUUCAUAUAUGGCGACCAAGUUGAAGACUUGGAGCGAUAAUGGGACUAAAAAGCUUAUGUUACUUCUUGCUCAAAUGGGGUUUGCGCUUGAUGAAAGUAAGCAGAAGUUUCGGUAUAUGAGUAUUGAGAUUAAGAAGAAAAUGAAAGAUAUGUUUGACCAUUUUCUGCCGGAUUAUGGACUGAAUGACUUCUAUUAUCGAGGUUUUUUGCUGUUACAUGGCUACAGUUCAAAAGUUUCAGCUGCUGAUGUGGUUUAUGGAGUCACUGCACUAUUGGAAUCAUCUAUAGAUUCAGAUGUGUCAUGUGCUUCCAAGCAAUUUGGAGAAGCAUACGAUGCAUUGUCAUUGAGGAAGCUUGAUAAAUUGGAAAUGGGCAUGAGACAUGCCAUCAAGAUCCAACGGGCCAUUCUCAGACAAGGUAGCACUGCCAUAACCCGAAAGGGUUCAAUAAGAAGUCAACGCACAUUCAGAUGGGUCAAACUUGAAGAUUCAGCUGAUGCAAAACUUUUGGGCUAUCCACAAGCUUUAACAAAAUUCGGGUACUUCUUGAUGGACGCUUUGAAGGAAAAAGGUGCAAAAAUGAAACCUUUAAUAUGUGUUUGCUACACUCAAGGGCGGGAAAAGGUUUUAAUUGUUGGUCUUUGUGGUAAACCAAGGCUUGGGGCUGUUCAGGGAAAUGCAUUUGGGAUUGCUUUUAGAAAUAUAGCUGAGGAGACAGGGGCUGAGUUUUUUCAUGAGCUUUUCGAGUCAUCAUGGAUUGUUUUGGAUGCUGGUGCUGUAAAUUCAUUCAUGAUUAGGCUAACCAAUAGGCUACGGUGAACAACUGUUAUAUCCAAGAGCUGGUAUAAGCAAUCUUUCUACUUGCAUUUGGUUUACUUGAUAGUUGUUUUUUUCGUUUCAUGUAUUAUGAUUUUAUCUUAGUGUUGUUGAAAGUCUGCAAGUCCUUCAAUAAAGAAGAUCUUGACCGAAAGUGAACUGGCCCAUGUAAGAUGAAGGCCUUAUAUCUGCUUACAUUAUUUGUAGCUUUGUACCAUUUCAGAUUCCUUUAUAAAGAAAACUGCAUUUAGUUU